CCAGGAACACACAAAAUCACACCUACAUAUCAACUCGUCCUUUCCCCCACCUCCUUCCGUCAUGCUCCGUCGUCACCAUGGGCUGCUCAACCACAACCACCACUACCUCCGCCACGCUCCCUCCUUAUCCUCCUCCUUCCGCCCCUCUCUCCAAACUCCACCUUCACCGCCGCUCUCUUCUCUUCCUCUCCUCCACCACCACCGCUCUCUCCCUCCCCUCCCUCUCCAUAGCCUCACCACCACAAAAACAACCUGACACCACCAUUACUGACCGCGUCUUCAUGGACUUCAGUAUCUGCCCUAGCUACUUCCAAACCCGAACCCUAGGAUCAGAUCUCGCCCUCUGUCCUGAUACCGAACCCGUCGGCCGCAUAGUCCUCGGCCUCUACGGCAACCUCGUCCCAAUCACGGUAUCCAAUUUCAAAUCCAUGUGCACCGGCGUCUCUGGGUACUAUAAAGGAACGCUAAUCCAGAAGAUCUUUCCCGGUCGGUUUUUCAUGGCGGGACAUCAAGGACGAAGGGAUAAAGGAGAAGUUAAGCCGCCGGUGGGUUUGGUUAGAAAUACAGAGAGUAUCGACCCCAAGGCUUUCCAAUUAGGGCACACAAAGGGCGGCGUUUUAUCACUCUGUUUAUCGGAAAACGACGACGACGACGAUAUUAAACUUGAUCCGAAUUAUCAUAAUGUCGAGUUCAUGAUCACAACUGGCCCUGGUCCUUGCCCUGAUCUUGAUGGUAGAAAUAUCGUUUUUGGUUCUGUUCUUGAAGGUAUGGAUGUGGUGGCAAGUAUAUCUUCAAUUCCAACAUAUAAACCAGGGGAAAGAAUUCGACAAUAUAAUGAUUUGGCAGAGUUUCUAGGAGAUGGAAGAGCUAAAAAUGCACGUGCUAUUUGGGAUAGGCCUCAAAAGACUUUGUAUAUCAGCAAUUGUGGUGAACUUAAAGUCACAAAGCCCACUCUUUCCCCAUCAUUACCUUAAUCACUCAAUGUCACACUUGUUUUUUUUCAUAUCCGGGAUAAUUAAUUGUUGAAAGUAUCAUGUUUCUCAAAUGUAAAUGAGAUAUGUACCUAAUGUGGUG